UAAAAUAAAAAAAUAAAAAAUACAGUCCGAAAAUAACCUCUCUUGUUUUGUUCUUCACUAUCACCAUAUCUAUCAGAUUCCUCAGAUUUGCAUAAAAAUGGCAGAAUUAUGAAAAAUCCCUCAUCCAAUUAAAUUGUUAGCCUCAUAAAUUUAUUCAAAAAUAAAAAAUUCCCUGUAAAUUUGUAUUUACAAGGUGAUAGAAAAUCCAGUAAAAUUAUAUCCCCAUUAUCUACAUCUUUUUUUUUUUUUUUUUUUGUGCUCCAACGUAUACAUACAUAAUACAUACACUGAAAAGUCCGUCCGCAUAUAUAUAUACACACAAAUAUAUACGCGUUGACUAUUAUUCAAUGAACGGAUUCAGUACCGGUUGAAUGAGGAGUUGAAACGGCGUCGGUUUAAUUGUUUUUGAUUGUUGUCUGUGUUUGUUUUUUGUUGAUUGGGGUGUGGUAGUGUAAAGGCUGAUUUUCUGUAUCUAUUGGCGCUGGUUAUUUGGUGUAGCUCUUGUGUUGGGUGAAUUAAUUUGUGUUUGUAAUUUGUGUGUGAUUUUGAUUUUUUACUGUAUGAGUUGUGAUUAAAGCUAGGGUUUUCAGUGAUGGUUGUGUCAGGGAACGACCCGUUGGAAUCGUUUUUUAACUCGAUUCAGGUCGUUACGGAUGCGUUUUCUCCGAUACAAUCGGGGUUUCAGAAGGUUGCGAAGAAUUUCGAGCAUUGCUUUAGUGGUGCUCCGAAAUAUGGGAACUUGAACGGUAGUAUUAACGAUGCUAGUAGUAAUGAGCUUUUGGCAGCGCAAUUGGAUUCGACGAAUAAGAGCGGUCAACAUCUUGUUGUCAAUGGCAAUGAUAGGAGAAAGGGGAGAUUUCCGGUCAAGGUAUUUGUCGGUAUAUUUAGGGAAAAAGGUGGAAGUAAUGUUGAUGAACGGGUUGAUUUGAAUAGCAGCGAUGGGGUAGAGAAAUUUAACGUAAGUUUGCCGAAGAAAGGGCUGAAAGAGAGGUAUGGAAGUAAUAAUAAUGGUGGGAAUUGCUUGCAGUUUGAUGUGGCAUUAUCGUUUUUUAUCAACGGUUUUGUCGAGGCCUUCCCGAAACCAUUGAAGCCUGCGAAAAAACGAGCUCAGAAGAUGAAUGAUAAAGUGGCUGAAAUUAAACAGAAGGAGUUGAAGGCUAAAGAAGGGAAAGAUUUGCCGUUCGAGUAUUUCAUGGGGUUUGUGGUUGACCAGUUGAAUCAUUUGCCGAAAUUUGAUAUGGGUGUUCAAGAAAACGAGUGCAAGAACGGUGACCAUAAAACUUCAGCUGCACCUGUAAUUCAGUUUGAUCAUUUUAAGGCACUUUUCAGUAUUUUAGAAGGUAAGAGAGCUGAUGUCAACGGAUUUUUAGGGAAUCUGAAGUUUGCCCGUGUAGGAGGAGUGCCUUCGGGUAUCGUUGAAGUGCCUUCCGUGAAAGACGUGGUGGAGGAUGAGGGAGUUAAUAGUAUUGUCAAUCAGGAAGAAAGUGGAGGCAAUUCGCCACAAAAAAUGGCUAAUGGAUUGCUUAGUAUUCCAUUGUCCAAUGUUGAACGGUUGAGAUCGACUCUGUCAACUGUAUCGUUCACAGAAUUGAUCGAGCUUCUACCGCAGAUAGGAAGACCUUCGAAAGAAGAACAUCCAGACAAGAAGAAACUGUUCUCUGUCCAGGACUUUUUCAGAUACACGGAAGCCGAAGGAAAGAGGUUUUUUUUGGAGUUGGAUAGAGAUGGUGAUGGACAAGUUACUCUCGAAGAUCUUGAAAUUGCCAUGAGAAAGAGAAAACUACCUAAGAGAUAUGCACACGAAUUCAUGCGCCGUACUAGGAGUCACUUGUUCUCAAAGUCUUUUGGUUGGAAGCAGUUCUUGUCCUUGAUGGAACAGAAAGAACCGACCAUUCUUCGGGCUUAUACGAGUCUCUGUUUGAGCAAGUCUGGGACGCUACAGAAAAGUGAAAUUCUGGCGUCCUUGAAGAACGCAGGACUUCCUGCAAAUGAAGAUAAUGCUGUUGCCAUGAUGCGUUUUCUGAAUGCUGAUACAGAAUCUAUAUCUUAUGGGCAUUUCCGGAAUUUCAUGCUUUUGCUCCCAUCAGACCGACUUCAAGAAGAUCCAAGAAGUAUCUGGUUUGAAGCUGCUACUGUGGUUGCUGUUCCUCCGCCUGUGGAAAUACCUACUGGCAGUGUUCUAAAAUCAGCAUUGAUUGGAGGUCUUUCCUGUGCAUUGUCAACAUCUUUACUGCAUCCAGUUGACACUAUUAAGACACGAGUGCAAGCUUCGACUCUCACCUUCCCAGAGAUCUUAGCCAAACUUCCUCAACAAGGAGUCAGGGGAUUAUACAGGGGGUCCAUUCCAGCUAUAUUAGGCCAAUUUUCAAGUCAUGGGCUUCGAACUGGAAUUUUCGAAGCAAGCAAGCUUUUGUUGGUACAUGUUGCUCCAACGCUUCCAGAUUUACAGGUUCAAUCGAUGGCAUCGUUCUGCAGCACUUUACUAGGAACAGGAGUGCGUAUUCCGUGUGAGGUGUUGAAGCAGAGAUUGCAGGCUGGUCUGUUCAACAAUGUCGGUGAAGCUAUUGUUGGGACUUGGCAGCAAGAUGGUCUUCGAGGUUUUUUCCGUGGGACCGGUGCAACACUCUGUAGGGAAGUACCGUUCUAUGUUGCAGGCAUGUGCCUUUACGCAGAAUCCAAGAAGGCAGUUCAGCAACUUCUAGGCCGGGAAUUAGAACCGUGGGAAACUAUUGCAGUAGGGGCGUUAUCUGGUGGACUAAGCGCUGUCUUAACAACCCCGUUCGAUGUAAUAAAGACGAGAACAAUGACAGCUCCACAGGGUCGCCCCGUGACUUUAUCAAUAGUGGCAUUCUCUAUUCUUCGUAGAGAAGGGCCUCUCGGAUUAUUCAAAGGAGCGGUGCCCCGUUUUUUCUGGAUCGCUCCACUUGGUGCCAUGAAUUUUGCUGGAUAUGAACUCGCACGAAAGGCUAUGGACAAAAACGAGGAAACAGGUGAGCCCCUUGUGCAGAAAUAGAUAAAAAGGCAAUAGCUUGUUUGGCAAUGUGAAAGCUGCAUGAAGGAAAAUAAUUUUAACUUUAAUUUUUUUUGGAGAUGUUUUCCUAGAUACAGUAGCUAUUCAUCCCCGUAAUCUAUUCGUCGAAAAUUCCCUCUCCUUUUUUGGUCAACUUUUUAUGAUUAUGGUCUUCGACUUUCAUUGUUAUGAAGUUGAAGCUUUUUUGUACUGGGAUUCAAUGCUGAAGCAUGUUUUUGAUGUUCCCAUUUCGGAUACAUUUUGUUAUGUUUUGUACAUUUCUUUAGUUCUAUUAUCGCUCUUUUACUUUCAGAUGAAAUAAAAAUCGGAACAGAGCAUUUUGUCGAUC